GUUCAUGUCCUUUGGAUUGUGAAUGCCAUUACCUGUCGGUACGAUGCAAAAAGGUGAUAUGGAAUCCGACUCAAGCCGACAUGAUUCAAGAAGAUACGAGAAAACUAUGGAUAGAGAAAUCUAGUGACCAGGAAAUGAACGAAACCGAGGGAUUGGAACUGUUGUCUGCAGUACACGUCAAUUUUUCUCGCCUCAUCAAUGUGAACAUGUUGUCCAUUCGCUCUUUUCCGUUUACUGUGAUCAAACCCGGAACAUUCGCACCACUUCGGUUCCUCGUCUACAUGGACCUCAUGAAAAAUAAAAUAUCUCGAUUGCAAGCAGACACUUUUAGAGGACUCAGGAGAUUGAAGGAAAUGUACAUAUUUAUGAAUGGACUCCAGACAAUUGAAGCUGGUGCUUUCAGAGGUCUUGAUUCACUUUCGAUGCUGAAUAUGAUGUAUAAUGAUAUCACUCGUCUUAGUUCUGGGAUGUUUGAAGGGCUUAGCAACCUCGAAGACAUGUGAGUAUGGUAAACAU